GCUUCGAAGAAUCGAAAAAGAGAGCGAGUGUCAGUUUGUAUUUCUCAACUCUUCAAGCUCACGUACACAUUAUUUGACAUAGUGUGCGAAAAUGGAAUGAGGAGUUCCUGCCUCCUAGCACCCAGUGCACUCAUUGUUCAAUUUGGUAACACUGACUGUCAAACUCUGACCUCUGACAGACAUUGUCUACCUACCCCUCAGUCGUUCGAUAUCGCUGCUACAAUCUAGGAACAUAACAGUACACGAUAACAACUAAUAUGGAAUGUAAUAUAAAAUCAGAUGUGUUUACCAAAGAGGUUGUUGAAGCAAAAUUAAAUUGCGUUCAAAAACUAUUGGAAUCUGAUGAAAAGUGUAAUACACAGAAUGAACCGUAUAAAAUAAAAUACGAAGCAAUAAAAAUCCUAAAAACAUUGGAAACAGAUGAAGUUGAUUUUCAGACAGACACGUCAGAUGAAAAGAAAGAUAUACUCCUUGGAAUCGUACACUUACAACUUGGUUUGUUAUACAGUGAUACGGAGGAACUGAAAGCUGGGGAGGAACAAUUCAUGAAAUGUCUGGAAGUAUUAAAAGACAAAGAAUUGGACCCAGAAGCAGUUUUACUGGUGGUCGAUGCCCUAAAUCAGUUAGGAGUUAUAUGGUAUCAUUGGAAUCAACCUACAAAAGUAAAAACUUUUUUAGAACAAGCAGAACAGAUCUAUCAUGACUUUACAAACAUUGGCGGUGUAUGCAAAUAUUAUGUUAAAGUACCAUUGUUCGGUAUUAAGAAACCUAAAACUGAACUAAGCCCUCAAGAAAUUUUUGAAAAACUGAAUACUCGAACUCUAUACUUUUUAGCUCAGUUGUACAAAUCUCUGAACGAUCACCACAAGUCAGCGAUAUAUUGUCAUUUGACUUUACGCAGGCAAUUGGGUCAUAAUGUCAUUGCGGAAGACCUAGAUUACAUCGAAUGGGUAUUAAAUACAGCUACAUUGUCGCAAUACUUCAUAGUAAAUAACAACUUCCCUCUAGCUAAACAUAAUUUAGCCGCUGCAUCUUAUAUAUUAGAACAAUACAAAAACAUAUUAGAUGCAAAGAUUAUGAAUAAUGGAUGCAGCGAAGAAAGUGAAGCAGAAAUGGAAAAUUUUAAACACAGAAGCGCGGAUGUUGCUAGAUGUUGGGCUAAAUAUGGAAUUGCGCUUCUAAGUUUAUCGAAACAGAGACUUCUAGAUGAUACUGAAACAGAACAAGAGAACUGUCACUUGGAUAAUAAAGAUUCCUCGAAGCCAAAAAUAAUAGAAGAUUUGAAAUUUGAUAUAUUGGAAAAAAAAAUAGAGCCAAUUGCUCGUCAAAUUACCGAUAAAUAUUUACUAGAUUUUGACGACGCUAGAUUAACUUUUUUAAAUGUCCAAAAAUGGUUGAAAGAAGCACAGUUAUAUUAUACGUUAGAAGAUCAUGCUUCUGAUCAUGUAUCAAUUGUACAAGACAUUUCCGAGGCAUACAGAUAUUUAGCAUUUUUUGAAGAGCACGAAGAUAGACAGGUAAAAAUGCACAAAAAAAGGAUCAAUGUUUUAGAAAAUGUCAUAAAAGAAUUGAAUCCUCGAUACUAUAAAACUGCUUGUAUGCAGAUGUGGAUUGAAUUAGGAGAAACGUAUUCUCACAUUAUCGAUAUAAAAAGUGAUCGCCUGCAUUCACUAAAUGAAGAACAAACACAAAUGUCAAUGGAAAAAAUUAAUAGAUUAGCAAAAAAUUCUAUAAAAAAUUUUCAGUCGUUUAUCGAUUCCUUGGGUAUUCGUACUUCCGAUUCAGAAAUACGAAAAUUUCCCGAUGAUGUCUUGCGACCAGCUUUGAUGGCUUACAUUCAUAUCGGUAGAUUGUACACCAAAAUUUUAGUUAGAGAUGAUUGUUCUAAAAGACAGACCCUACUGACCUGCAUUCAAAAUAGUUACAAUGCAUAUAAAUUUGUAAUCGAUUAUUGCGAGAAGUAUCCCGAUGCUGCAGACGUAAUUAAAGUUGAAUUAAAUCUUUGUAAAGAAUUAAUAAAUUUGCAACCAAUACAAAUACGCAAGUUAAAGGAAUUAGGUUUCGAAAAUUAA